AUGACGACAGUGGUAGAUGACACAUUGGGCUGUGUCUGUAAAGACAAAGGCCAGUGCUUCUGUGAUGGGGCCAAAGGGGAGAAGGGGGAGAAAGGCUUCCCAGGACCCCCUGGGCCUCCCGGCCAGAAAGGAUACCAAGGUCCGGAAGGCCUGCCUGGACCACAGGGGCCCAAGGGCUCUCCAGGACUUCCAGGACUCACUGGUCCCAAAGGCGUGAGGGGAACAACUGGAUUACCAGGAUUUUCAGGUCCUCCUGGACUUCCAGGCAUCCCAGGCCAUCCUGGACCGUAUGGACCUGUCGGUUUGCCAGGAUGCAAUGGUUCUAAGGGUGAACAAGGGUUUCCAGGACUUCGGGGGACACCAGGCUACCCAGGCCUCCCAGGUGCCAUUGGUUUGAAAGGAGAGAAAGGGGCUCCUGCUGAAGGAGAAGGUGUAGCCCUUGAUGGAAAAGGUGACCCUGGGUUGCCAGGAGCUCCAGGAUUCCAGGGUUUGCCGGGCCUUCCAGGUUUUCCCGGACCUAUUGGUCCACCUGGACCUCCAGGAUUCUUUGGCUUCCCAGGAACCAUGGGACCGCCAGGACCUAAGGGUCACAUGGGCGAUAACGUGAUAGGACAAAAAGGAGAGAGGGGUAUGAAAGGAUUAACAGGACCGCCCGGACCACCAGGAACAGUUAUUGUGACACUAACCGGCCUGGUUAACAGAACGGAUCUCAAGGGGGAGAAGGGAGACCAGGGAGCCGUGGGCCAGUCUGGACGCCCUGGACCCUCAGGGCCACCUGGAGAAUCUUACGGAUCAGAAAAAGGUGCUCCUGGAGAACCAGGCCCACAGGGAAAGCCUGGAAAAGAUGGUGCCCCCGGUUUCCCUGGCACUGAGGGAGCCAAAGGCAGCAAGGGUUUCCCUGGGUUAAGGGGCGAAGAUGGCAUUAAGGGGUGGAAAGGAGACAUGGGCCCUCCAGGAUUUCCUGGUCCAACAGAAUAUUAUGAUGCAUACCAGGAAAAGGGAGAUGAAGGAAUUCCCGGCCCGCCAGGGCCCAAGGGAGCUCCUGGCCCACAGGGUCCCAGUGGUCCCCCUGGAGCCCCUGGAAGUCCUGGGUCAUCAAGACCUGGCCUCCAAGGAGCCCCUGGAGUACCAGGAGUAAAAGGAAGUAAAGGGGAGCAAGGACCCCCAGGAAAGAACGCAGCGGGGCUUCCCGGGUCCCCUGGCUGGCCUGGUUCACCAGGCCCUACAGGGUUGCCAGGACCUCCAGGACCACCAGGUGGUAUUGUUUUUCGCAGAGGUCCACCUGGAGACAGUGGACUUCCAGGCCAUACAGGGUCUCCAGGAAUCCCAGGAGUCGAUGGGCCCAAAGGGGAGCCAGGCCUUUUGUGCACACAGUGUCCUUGGGUCCCAGGGCCUCCAGGGCCCCCAGGAUUGCCGGGGUUAGAUGGCGUAAAAGGAUUCCCAGGAGGACAAGGGGCAGCUGGCAUUAAAGGAAGCCCAGGGUCCCCAGGAAACGCUGGUCUUCCAGGAUUUCCGGGAUUCCCAGGUGCUCAGGGUCACCCAGGACUUAAAGGAGAAAAAGGUGAAGCAUCUCAGCCAGAGGGACAAGUGGGUGCCCCAGGGGAUCCAGGGCUCCGAGGACAUCCUGGAAGAAAGGGCUUGGAUGGAAUUCCUGGAACUCCGGGAGUAAAAGGAUUACCAGGACCUAAGGGAGAACCGGCCCUGAGUGGGGAGAAGGGGGACCAGGGUCUUCCAGGGGAUCCUGGCAUCCCUGGGUCCCCAGGACCUGCAGGACCAGCUGGACCAUCAGACUAUGGACCUUGGGGAGAGCCUGGUCCAAAGGGCACCCAAGGACUUCCCGGAGCCCCUGGACCACCUGGAGAAGCCGGUCCUAAGGGAGAAAUCGGUGUUUUGACACCAGUUCCAGGGCCCCCAGGACCUCCUGGGCCCACAGGCCGUGCUGGCCCCCAAGGUCCACCUGGUAUCCCUGGAUCCACAGGAAAAUGUGAUCUGGGUCUUCCUGGGCCUGAUGGUGAACCAGGAAUUCCAGGAAUCGGAUUCCCUGGGCCUCCUGGACCUAAGGGAGACCAAGGUUUUCCAGGAACAAAAGGAUCACCAGGCUGUCCUGGAGAAAUGGGAAAGCCAGGGUUACCUGGAAAGCCAGGCCUCCCAGGAGUCAAGGGAGAACCAGGACUAGCCAUGCCUGGAGAACCAGGAGCACCAGGUUUGCCAGGAGAAAGAGGCAACUCUGGGGAAAAUGGAGAAAUUGGACUCCCUGGACUUCCAGGUCUUCCUGGAAUUCCAGGAACUGGAGGGCUUGAUGGACCACGAGGGGAUCCAGGGCAGCCUGGACCACCUGGAGAAAGAGGCCCCCCAGGAAGGUGCAAAGAAAGUCUCAGUGGAGCUCAAGGACUUCCAGGCUUAAAUGGAUUGAAAGGGCAACAAGGCAGAAGAGGCGAAACGGGGCCAAAGGGAGACCCAGGUAUUCCAGGCUUGGAUAGGUCAGGAUUUCCCGGAGAACCUGGACCACCAGGAAUGCCGGGUCAUCAAGGGGAGAUGGGACCACCUGGUACAAAAGGAUAUCCAGGAAAUCCAGGAUUUUUAGGGCCACCAGGUGAAAAAGGAAUGAUUGGGAUGAUGGGGGUUCCCGGAAACGUUGGCCCUCCGGGGCCUCCUGGGAAGCCAGGCACCCUGGGACAGAGGGGGAGCUUUGGAAUUCCAGGAGUAAAAGGUGAGAGAGGAUCCCCAGGUGCCAAAGGGGAACAAGGAGAUAAAGGAACUCCAGGGCCUCCUGGAAUAUUCCGCUUAGUCGGGGACAAAGGGGAACCAGGACUCAAAGGACUUGCAGGGAAGCCUGGUGAGAAAGGAAACAGAGGCAUUCCAGGGUUACCAGGUUUCAAAGGACUCCAAGGGCCACCUGGACCACCAGGAUCACCAGGCCCCAGAGGAGAUCCAGGCAGCAUUGGGAAUCCUGGUGAGCCAGGACCACGUGGUGUGCCAGGAAGCAUGGGAAACAUGGGGGUGCCAGGUACUAAAGGAAUGAAGGGAACUAUGGGAUUCCCAGGUCUAGCUGGAAGACCAGGCCUCCCAGGUACUCAUGGUCUUCAAGGAGAUAAGGGAGAGCCAGGUUAUUCAGAAGGUACAAGGCCAGGACCACCGGGACCAAAGGGAGAUCCAGGACUGCCAGGUGACAUGGGAAAGAAAGGAGAUAGAGGGCCACCUGGCACACCUGGACGUUCGGGCCCUGCUGCACCAGAGGGAGUUCCUGGGAAUCCCGGAAGCCCUGGCCACCCAGGAAAGCCCGGUCCUGAUGGUGAUUUGGGGUCUAAAGGAAUCAAAGGUUUCCCUGGCUCUCCAGGAAUAAAAGGCCCUCCAGGCCCUCCAGGAUUCCCAGGAAAUCCUGGACCAGCGGGGGAGAGAGGUAAUCAAGGACGUGAUGGAAUUCCUGGUCCAGCUGGAGAAAAAGGAGAAACAGGCUUGCUGGGAGCACUUCCAGGCCCAAGAGGGAAACCUGGUCCUCAAGGAGCCAAAGGAGACAGGGGAUCCCCAGGCUUGCCGGGUCUCCCUGGCAGGAAAGGGCCAGUGGGAGAUGCUGGGCCUCGAGGGCCCAUUGGCAUGACAGGACCUCAAGGGCCACCAGGCUUUCCUGGUUCAAUCAUCCCUGGCCAAAAAGGAGAUCGAGGUCCACCUGGCAGAAGAGGAAACCCAGGUGAGCCUGGUCCCCCUGGACCUCAAGGGAGUCCUGUAGAAGGCAUAAAAGGAGACAAGGGAUUUAUGGGCCAGCCUGGCCCAAGAGGUCCGCCUGGAACUGUAGGAGACAUGGGGCCACCAGGUCAUCCGGGAGCACCAGGUGCCCCAGGUCUGCCAGGGGUCAGAGGUGAUCCUGGAUUCUAUGGAUUUCCAGGCAUGAAAGGGGAGAAGGGUAAUUCAGGAUUUCUGGGACCAAGUGGACCUCCAGGGCGAAUUGGGCCAAAAGGACCACCUGGUGCACGUGGAGACCCUGGCACAGUGAAGAUCAUCUCCCUUCCAGGAAGCCCAGGCCCGCCUGGCCCAGCUGGAGAACCAGGGGUGCAAGGAGAACCUGGGCCCCCGGGGCUACCGGGAAACUCAGGACCCUGUGGGCCAAGAGGUAAACCAGGCAAGGAUGGACUACCAGGAACCCCUGGACCAAUUGGAGAAAAAGGCAACAAAGGUUGUAAAGGAGAGCAAGGACAGCCUGGGUCCGAUGGGCUGCCUGGCUUGAAGGGGAGACCUGGCGACACUGGGCCACCUGCGCGGGGGACAGCGGUGAGGGGCUUUGUCUUCACCCGGCACAGCCAGACCACGGCGAUUCCCUCCUGUCCAGAAGGGACGGAACCACUCUAUAGGGGGUUUUCUCUUCUCUUUGUACAAGGAAAUGAACACUCCCAUGGACAGGACCUGGGAACUCUUGGCAGCUGCCUGCAGAGAUUUACUACAAUGCCAUUCUUAUUCUGCAAUAUCAAUGAUGUAUGUAAUUUCGCAUCUCGAAACGAUUAUUCAUACUGGCUGUCAACACCAGCUCUGAUGCCAGUGGACAUGGCUCCAAUUACUGGCCGGGCCCUGGAGCCUUAUAUUAGCAGAUGCACUGUCUGUGAAGGUCCUGCAAUUGCCAUAGCUGUUCACAGCCAGACUACUGAUAUCCCCUCAUGUCCUCCUGGCUGGAUUUCUCUCUGGAAAGGAUUUUCUUUCAUCAUGUUCACAAGUGCAGGUUCAGAGGGCGCUGGGCAGGCACUGGCAUCCCCCGGUUCCUGCUUAGAAGAAUUCCGAGCCAGUCCAUUUAUAGAAUGUCAUGGAAGAGGAACAUGCAACUACUAUUCAAAUUCCUACAGUUUCUGGUUGGCUUCAUUAGACCCCAAAAGAAUGUUCAGAAAACCUAUUCCAUCAACUGUGAAAGCUGGGGAGUUAGAAAAGAUAAUAAGUCGCUGUCAGGUGUGCAUGAAGAGGAGACAUUGAAGAAAUAAAGAAAAAAUAGAACUGUGACUUUUCAUCCCAAAUAACCGAGGAAUGAUAAAGAACACGCAGUUAUUUAAGUAUUUUUCUCUCACCGAACAGUAUCGCCCGAUGAUGGCUUAGUACAAAGUUUCUACUUGUUUCCCCACACAACAAAGCAUUCUUUGAAGUUAGUUCUGUGAUACUGCUCUCUAAAUCUGUACUGUGUCAAAGUUCCCUAACUCAAGGCAGUAGGCUUUUCACAAAAUAUCACUGAAAUUGUAUUCCAUUUGUAUCCAAUGCACUAAGUAAAUGGUAACUGUAUAAAGUUUGAUGCUACAAGUUAAGAGCUAUUUGGUCUACUGGAUUCCCAGGAUUUGCCCCCCUUCUAUUCCAGUCUUCGAGACUCAGGGAGGCUAAAUCUGUUUUAGAUCGCCCAACCACCCGCUUCCUAGAGCUUUAGACCCUGAGCAGGGAAGGGGAUGGAGACAAGUGGAAUGCUAGAGCAUCAUGAAUAAACUGGACUUUCAAACCUGGUGAGGAACCUAAGGCCUAAAGGAACCAGAAUUGAACUGAGGUUCAUGGAUUUUUCUAGUGCUUUUUCAAACAUACCCAAGACUAUGGCCGAAAGGGGGUUGCUCUGAGUGGAAUCAUAAUAGCCUUGGAAAUACUGUCUGGUUUUGGUUUACAUUUUUUAAAAGAUUUUUGUUUGUCCAUUGAAUUCAUUUCACUGCAGCAAUAUAGCUUGCUUAUAUUCAAAUAGAUACGAUGUUUACCCUAGUGAAUUAAUUACAUCCACACAAAUAACAAGGACACUACUUCCUAGAUGUGCACUUUAUCCCCAUUCCUAUAAAUCUCGGUGCCUACCUUAUGAAAUAGUAGUUCAGCAAUCCAUGGAAGAACUUAAGUCAUUUGUUAGCUAAUCAGGCUCAGAAUAUUUUUCCUUUGCUCUAAAUAUUCCAUUUAAACUGGGUGUUCAGAGAUUUAGUCUCUUGUUAACUAUCUAAUUCUUCCUUUGUAAAAACACGUUUUUGAUAUUAUAUAUUCUUACAAACCACUGAAAGAGUCCAUUGUGUAAAAAUCUUAAUGUACGAAUUGUAUCGUUGGGCAGCUCUAUGUCAAAUAUGCUUCCUGAUCCACCUAGGUGGCGUUGGUGGUGCUGAUAUUUAAAUUCAGGUUAUUGCUUCAGCCUCAGUUGCUCUGUAAGUGAAGAUGUGACCCCAGAGGACAGCACAGACCGCGACCUUGGUUGGCAUCCUUCACUGCUCAUGUGGCUACUGUCAAGCCAUUUUUACAUUUAAACUGAGAAGUGCAUUUUACUUAGAUUAUUUACUUAGACUCAUUUUUUUUUUUUUUUAGACUCAUCGUAUACUAAGACUUUUUUUGCUCUAAAAAUAUCCUACUCUCUUAAUUGUACUAUCACGGCACAGGGCUAGCUGAUCUCCACAAACCCUGUGUAGGUCAGCAAUUCUCAAAAUGUGGUCUCUAGACCAGCAGCAUCAGCAGUAUCUGGGUACUUGCCAUAAGUGCAAAUUCGAGGGCUCACCCUAGACCUUUAGAAUCAGAAACUCUGGGGCUAAGGCCCAGAAAUCUGUGUUUGAACAAACCCUCCAGGUGAUUUCUGAUUGGGAAGAACUGCUCUAGGCAAACACUUAAGAAACAAUUCUACAGACAGUUACCAGGUACAGCUGGCUACUAUUGCUCCAUCCAUGCCUCUCUUUAAAGUCCAAAAUCACAAAUGACCUUAAGGUCACCUAAUUUUACUGACAAGUAAAUGCCCUAUACUGGUGCUAAUGCCAAAUGACUGGCCUCUGCUUGUCCCCAAGCCUCCAUCUUUUCUUGCCCUCUUAUCAGUGUUUAACUUCUGAGGAAGACAAGUGAUGCUAAAACCUUAAAUUCCAAUGAAGCCAUAUUAACAGUUGCUCAGUCCCGCUUCUGAGACUGAGCAUUAAAACAUAGUUCAUGUGCAUUCCUUUCCAGAUACCUAUCAGUAGUUUAUAAGGUUAUGAAGAUUUAACUUUGUAGAUAAAUGUAAAUAACUUGUUUCUUUUAAAUUUCGGGCUUCAACUUUGGAAUUUCACAGUGUGCUGAAAUAGUGGAUUUCUCAAAGGUCUUUUUGCAAGAUAAACAUUAUUAAGUAACUUAUUUAUAAAAGUAUUACAAUAAUUCUAAAUUUGAAUUUUAUUGCUAGUUUAACUUACAAAGAUUUUUCUAGGCAUCCAAUGUAACCUACUGCUACUAAACUUAAUUUAAU